UGGGAGUUGUAUUAGUUAUGUAAGGUUCCUCACUGAGCUGCAACGGGGUAGUGACUCAGACAGCUGCUGAUCAUGUCUCAAUCUAUAGGUGAGAUGAUGUUGAAGGAGUACUUCAAAAGAAUCGGUUUCCACAGCUCCUAUGAAAAACUGGAUCUUGCAACACUAUCAUUGCUCCACAAACGUCAUGUCAUGUCAAUUCCAUUUGAAAACCUCAGCAUUCACUGCGGUGAGAAGAUCACCAUGGACCUUGAGGUCAUUUUCAAUAAGGUAGUGAGGUGCAGUCGUGGGGGUUGGUGCCUUGAAAACAACUACCUCUUUGGGUGGGUGCUGAAAGAAAUGGGCUACAAUACAACGACACUGAGCUCCAGAGUCUUUAACAGUCUCCUCAACGACUUUAGCGCUUGGGACUCUCAUCUCAUUAAUAAGGUUGUCAUCGAUGGUAAGGCUUACAUAGCAGAUGUAAGCUUCGGGGUGUCAAACCAGUUGUGGGAACCAUUGGAGCUUGUCUCAGCAAAAGGCCAGUGUCAGGCACCAGGUGUAUUUCGUCUCACUGAGAAAGGGGACGUCUGGAUGCUGGAGAAGACUUGUAGAAAGCCGGAGGUGGUCAAUUCAGAAUUCGCCAAAUCCAGUCUAAUAUCGUGGGCGGAGACAAAGCUGAUCUACUGCUUCACCUUGCAGCCACGAGAGGCAGAUUAUUUCUUUAACGCAUGCCAUCAGCUCCAGACAAACCCUGCUUCACUGUUCACCAAUAAAUCAAUCUGCUCUUUGCAAACACCCACAGGAUUCAGAGCCCUUCUCGGAUGGACGUAUAGCGACGUCACCUACAAACCUGAGCAUGGUGUUGAUGUCAUAGACAUGAGGCACAUCAGUGAUGAUGAGAUUGAGCAAAUACUCAGCGAAAAGUUUAAUAUACAACUGAAGAACAAAUUACAACCUGUUAACAACAAAACAUUUUAUACUCUCUAGAAAUGAUGUUAAAAUGUCAAAUAAAAAUUUUAUUUAUGGCUGGAAUCUACCAUAUUCUGCCAUUUUAUUUUACAUUUUCAUUUACUUUAUCAGUCCUGUUUUUGAUGUUUACAUUUUAUGUAAACUAAAAUUGUAAAACAAGUAGCAAUCCUCUUUGGAACUGGAAAGAUAAAUGUAUGAUGAGGUAUGUACGUUACAGUGAUGAUCUGAUUCAUUUAAAUGUCUAUAGGUCAAUGAACCAAUUAAAAUUUGUUUAGAUGAUUAUAUUGUACAAAGAAUUUCACAGUGAUUUAAUCAGAUAUCUUGUCAGCAGGAGGGGUUGACAUUGUAUUUUAUGCUUAUUUUAUUUUAUAUAUUAUGCUUAAAUGUUGUACUUUUGUCUUUAUGUUUUGUAUCAGGUGAACAGUCCAUCCUUGACAUGUAGAUUAAAAGAAUAAAUCUACUUCU